AGUGCCUGCUGCGCACGCGUCAAAACCGUUUAUGAUAAAAGAGAUGCUCGCGUUCACAAAAUACACGCAAGACACUCCCUUAAUAGUAAACUAUGAUUACGCAUGAGAUUAUGCGAGUAUCUGGCAAACGUGAGCGUCUCUUUUAUCAUAAACCCUUUAGACGCAGCAGGCACUUUCAUAAGGCGCAUGAUGCACAUAGGUUCACUCGACGCGGCGAACACAUAUUUUGAAAUUACGAACCACACACAUUACGGGCUACAUACAUGUUGUGACGAACUUCACAUCAUGCGCCCUCGAAAAAAAGAAGUCACCGUCGCCACUGUAAAAUAUAUUAGUAUAUUGACCAAAUUGUCCAAAUAUUUGAGCCUUUUACCUUUAUUUGAAAAGGACAGUGAGAAGUAACUGGUGGAUUUUUUUAGAAGUGGAGAUUUUUGCAUGUACUUAGAGGGGUUUGCUGCAAAAGCCAGACACGUUUUUUAAAUACCAAUGAAAUAGCUCAAAUGACAAAUUGUGCAAAUAAGGCAUUUCGAUUACUGACUAAUAACUCUUUUUAUUGCCAUUAAAGUGAAAUUACUGAAUCUAAAUAUAAAAGUCUGAUAAAAAUGCUCAUUUACAAGAAAAUAUAUCAGACACACUUUUUUGUUUUGCAUCUGAGCUUACAUUUUACAUUUGUUGUCAUUUUUUAAGGGGGCAUAUCAUGAAAAAGUGCAAUAAUUGGGUCCCCCGGUGCUUCCAUCAACCUAGAAAAUAUAAAAAAACAACACAUUAACUUAGUUUUGUUAAACCAUUCUCUGCAAGCAUGUGAAAAAAUAGGUCAUUCAAAUUGGCUCCCCUUGUGAUGUCAGAAGGGGAUCUUAUUAUAAUAAUAAUACCACCCCUUAAUCUGCAACUAUCCAACCACGACAAUGCCAUUUAGUGCAGAGAGAGAGAGAAAAUAAUUGACGGCAAAAUUGAGUUUCAAUUUCAGCAAACCACCAUUAUGGCGAUCAGUGUUGCAUUUCAUCAGCUCAUUUGCAUUUAAAAGGACACACCAAAAAACGGCACAUUUUUGCUCAGACUUAUACCAAGUGGCAAUUUUAACAUACUAUAAUAAUUAUCUAUUUUGAGCUAAAUCUUCACAUUGGAUAUGCUUAAUUCUUAUUUAGGCGUCAUGCAUAUGUUAAAUUUAAAGCUGAUGCUAUUUAAGUAUACCAUAUAAAUCUGUUUCCUUUUGUACGUUUGGGUUGUACUGCAGGUUUGUGCACUUGAUAGACGUCUUCAGCAGUGGUUUCACAUCUGAAGCUUGCACACAGUUUAAAUCAUGGUUGUCUGUUCAACUGAAGUCCUUUCUCAGCCUCCUGCAUCCCUGGGCGACACCUUUUCCCCAAUGCUGAAGCGCAAACUGAUGUGGCAGAAUGCAGUACGUCACAUUAUCGACCAACGAGGAAUGCACCAUGAGAGGCGAAUACCCAAUACUCGCAAAAUCAUUGUUACCGAUGCCUACAUCGAAGACAUCAACAGGCAGAUCCGUAGCAAAGCCGCAAGGAGCAACGCCGGCAUGCACAAGCGGCGUUCCUCCGCCGCCCGCAUCCAUCCAUUACGAGACCGCAAUUCCACCUCCACCACAGAUUCUCUUGGUGAUGCUGACUUCUUUGUGAGUUGGGGCUUAACAGUGCGCGGGGUCUUCCUGCCCUCUCUCCACCACAGGUUCAAGUCUCAGGACCUAGAGCGCUUGUACCAGCAGCACUCUUCAGGUCAGCGGCGAACUUCUCUUGUUGUCACAAAUGUUAUAGAUAUCCUUACCAAACUCCAUAUUCUCAUCAUCUACCUGGCUGUAGCUCCAGAGAUGGUGGACUCUCGACAAGGGUGGUUGGCUGGGAUCUUCAUGGCACUCGGAGCAGUUUUAUGCAUCGUAGUUCUUACCUGUAAGGGUUUGACAUCUCCGGAUUACCUGCGCUAUGUCGGGAUGGCGAGCUGGUUGUUUCAAACUGUGCAGGCGCUGAGUGGUUUGGUGUAUGGGCUGGAGAGUGACCAGUCUUGGUAUGUGCUCUUCACCUUGUUUGCCACUUACACAUUAUUGCCCCUACCUCUGCUGUGGUCCAUCUGCACCGGGUUCCUCACAGCUGCCUUGCACCUGUUGGUGGAUGCUCUUAGAAACCAUAAUGAUGCUGGCGUUGUAAGAAAGUUGCUCGCAAAAGGUCUUUUGUAUAUGGGUAUGAACACUGCAGGGCUGUUCAUUCAUUACCUCUCAGAUCGUGCCCAAAGACAUGCCUUCCUUGAGACACGGCGAUGCAUCGAGGGACGGGUCAGGAUAGAACGAGAGAACCAAAGACAGGAGCGCUUGGUGAUGUCCAUUCUUCCUCGAUUUAUUGCCAUGGAGAUGAUUUCUGACAUGAGUGCUAUGGAUGAUGAGUCACUCUCCCAACAGUUUCACAAGACCUACAUCCACCAUUACAAAGACGUCAGUAUCCUGUUUGCUGAUAUUAAAGGCUUCACUUCUCUUUCAAUGACCAUGUCGGCUCAGGAACUUGUGCGCACGCUCAAUGAGUUGUUUGGUCGCUUUGAUCGGCUUGCAGAGGAGAAUCAUUGCAUGAGGAUAAAGAUUAUUGGAGAUUGUUACUACUGUGUGUCUGGAGUGCCAGAACCUGAGACAGCACAUGCUCGCUGUUGUGUGGAGAUGGGUCUGGCCAUGAUCAACACUAUACGACAUGUACGCAAGGAGUUGAAGAGAGACGUUGACAUGCGUAUCGGGAUCCACUCCGGCUCGGUUCUGUGUGGGGUUUUGGGUUUGCAGAAAUGGCAGUUUGAUGUGUGGUCUUGGGAUGUAGAUGUCGCCAACAUGCUAGAAGCUGGAGGCAUUCCGGGGAGGAUUCACAUAUCACGAGCAACCCUUGACUGUCUCGAGGGCGUAUAUAAGACGGAAGAGGGUCGAGGCCACGAGCGGAAUGAGUUUUUACGCAAACACAAGAUAGAUACGUUUCUGAUCUGCCAUAUGCUGCAGGAAGACAAGGAGCCACCCAGAGUCCGGAGGCCCAGCAAAGGCGAGACAUCAUGGAGCUCUGAGCUUCCCUUUGAUGACAUCAUUGGCAUGAACUGCAUCUUAGCUACUUUCACCAAUGGCUCCCUGGUGCAGUUACCCGGCCAUAUCACAGCUCACUGUGCCAACUCGAGAGAGAUCAACAAAAGAAUCAAGAAGGCCAUUGAGGUGCGCAGUAGUGAGCGAAUGCGCAAAGAACACAUCACGCCCUUCAUGCUGGUCUUCAAAGACACACACGUCGAGGGCAAGUUUUCCCAGAUGCGAGAUGAGAUGUUCAAGUCUAAUUUAGCUUGCUCCUUCCUCAUGCUCCUCUUCAUCGUGGCCAUUCAGGCCCUGAUUCCCUCACCACAAAUCUCUCCGAUGAUCAUCCAGUUUUUAGUUUUCCUAUUUGCCUACGUUCUGUUGCUUCUGGUUACACUGGCUGAAGAAUUUAAGUGCUCUCCACUGUACCUGCAACACCUGUGUUGCUGGAUCCACGAGACCAAGACCGUCCGUAACCUGCUGACCCUCACCGCUAUUGCUAUUAACUUCGGUGUGGCCUUCUCUGAUAUUUUAUGGUGUAACACAAUAGAGGUGAGUGAAGAGGACAACAAAACUCAGUUUCCAGUAAACAUCUGCACCCAUCCUGAGUUCUUUGUGUUGAGCGGCGUGGUUGCAAUGGUGACGUGUGCGGUGUUUCUAAGGCUCAGCUGUCUGUUGAAGCUGGCUGUACUGAUGUUGGUCAUUGCUGUUUACACAUACCUCAUUGAAGUAGCCUUCCAUGUGCUCUUUAUACGCCAAAAUCUGAAUGGCCAAAUUCAAAAAUCUCAGCACCUAAGAAAGAAAGGCAUCUCUGUCCUGCUAAUGGCAAUGUUUGUUGUGGUUGUUCUUUAUAACAGUAGACAGUUAGAAACUACAGCCCGGCUUGACUUCCUAUGGCGUCUGCAGGCCAGACAGGAAGUGGAGGACAUGAAGGAACUGAGGGAACAUAAUGAGUGUCUCCUUUAUAACAUCCUCCCUGCCCAUGUUGCUCGACACUUUCUCGAAAGAGACAGGAACAAUGAGGACCUGUUCUCUGAAUCAUACGAGAGAGUUGGGGUGAUGUUUGCAUCUAUUCCAGAUUUCACCGAUUAUUAUGAGAAGAAAGAGUUAAUUCAUCAAGAUGUUGAGUGUCUCCGACUUCUUAAUGAGAUCAUAGCUGACUUUGAUGAGUUGCUGGAAGAACCUUAUUUCCAGGAGAUAGAAAAGAUCAAAACCAUUGGCAGCUGCUACAUGGCUGCAUCAGGCUUGUCUCCUGAGAAACAGGAAUGUGAAGAUGAAUGGGCCCACCUCAGUACGCUGGUUUUGUAUGCUUUGGCCAUGAAAGAAACACUGAAAGAAAUUAACAAGCGUACCUCAAACAAUUUCCAGCUGCGUGUUGGCAUUUCUCAUGGACCUGCAGUUGCUGGAGUGAUUGGAGCCACCAAACCCCAAUAUGAUAUUUGGGGCAUGACAGUGAAUCUAGCUAGCCGAAUGGACAGCACAGGUAUAUGUGGCCACAUUCAAGUCCCAGAGGCCACAAGCCACAUCCUGGCUGACCGCGGCUUUGUGAUACAGCUUAGAGGAGACAUCUUCAUCAAAGGGGUCAGCGAGCAACGGGGAGGGGUUCGCACGUACUUUGUCAGCAACAGAGAACAGAGCUCGAACUACGCUGAGAGAAGCACCUGCAGAGGGGUCUCCCAUGGGAGAAACACCCUUGCUGCUAUGGUUUUUAACAUGGUGCAGGCUCGAAAGAAAGAGGAGUUACGAGAGGCUAAUGGCGGCUUUCAUCUUAUGGAGAUGUCAUGAAUUUGGAUAGAUUCAAGCAAAACUGGACUGGAACCAUAUUUAAUACCUCUUUUUUUAGAGAUGUAUCUCUUUUAUGAUUUAUGGCCUUUCAAGAGAUUCAGUAUGGUCUGUAUUUCUGUAUUAAAAUGAACAGUUUAAUGACUAAGUCUGUGAAAAAACCCAGCUAAAGUAAUGGUUUUGUGAUGUCCUGUUUUUUACAUAAAAUCAUCCUACAUAAUGUAAAAAACAUUCUGUGAAAAUAUAACUUGAUAUCUUUAAAGGAAAACACCACCGUUUUUAAUAUUUUACUAUUUCCUUACCUCAACUUAGACUAAUUAAUACAUACCUAUCUCUUUUCAAUGCAUGCACUUAAUCUUUGUACAGCGCGGUGUGAAUGUGUUGGCAUUUAGCCUAGCCCCAUUCAUUCCUUAGGAUCCAAACAGGGAUGAAUUUAGAAGCCACUAAACAUUUCCAUGUUUUCGCUAUCUAAAGACUUUUACAAGAGUAUAGUUACACAAGUAAGUAUGGUGGCACAAAAUAAAAUGUGGUGAUUUUUUAAGCGUAUGAAAAAUGAGAACUAUAUUGUACGGCAGAAGAGCACUUUGUUUGCAGCACUUCGACCACGGGUGCAGUCAUAUUGACGGGAAUUUGAGCGAGAGGGGGAGUAGUCAGGAGUAAUGAUGUUACUGUGCGUUUUUAAAUAGGGAAAACAUUGAAGUGUUUGUUGGCUUCUAAAUUUAUCCCU